UGUAAUAAAGUCAUUAAUUGGGGGGGGGGGGGGGGGGGGCAUUUUAACUUGCAAUUAGGGCUUCUUCCUUCGGUCGAUCAACAGCCCUCUUCUCUCUCGUGUGCCAGUGGCGGCAACCCACCACCACUAUCACAUUUACACUCACCGGCCGGCGCCGCCGUCGCAUCAGCAGGUUGGAAGAUAAAGGAUUUUGAAAGAAGAAAAAUGUCAGGUGAAGAGGUUGUUGUCGCAGCUGAGGCACCGCUCCAGCUCUUGGCGAGCCUAUGGACAUCAUGACAGCCUUGCAGCUUGUGUUGAGGAAAUCAUUGGCUCAUGGCGGGGUUGCUCGAGGUCUUCAUGAAGGUGCUAAGGUGAUUGAGAAGCAUGCUGCCCAACUGUGUGUGUUGGCAGAGGACUGCAACCAGCCAGAUUAUGUUAAACUUGUCAAAGCACUUUGUGCUGACCACAAUGUGAGCCUGAUAACAGUUCCAAGUGCUAAGACUCUCGGCGAGUGGGCUGGUUUGUGCAAGAUUGAUUCAGAAGGAAAGGCUAGGAAGGUUGUGGGUUGUUCAUGUGUUGUUGUGAAGGAUUAUGGGGAAGAAACCGAAGGUCUCCAUAUUGUUCAGGAGUAUAUCAAGUCGCACUGAGUGACUAGAAAUGAAGCGUUAUUCAAUUUUGCUUGAGUUGGAGUUUGAGUAGAAACCUUGUUUUCAUUUGGAUUGCAGGACUCUUCACUUAGGAAAUUUUUUUUUGUUACGUGGACUAUAUCUCUAGAAAUACAAAGGAUUCUGAUUAUGCUUUUGGUUGUGGUUCUGCAAACUUGUUGAAGAUAUAUUUAAUGUUGUUUUGGAACCUGAUUUUUGAUUAAUCAUUUGUUGAGCAUUAUUGGUAUGUUAAUGAAUGAUUGGAAAACAGGCAGUUGUGGCGGUGCCAAAUGCCCAGUGGUAUGUU